AUGUGGUACGUAGCCCGGGAAACCGACGAGGCCCUUCCCAGACCCUCACCAGACCGGUGGAAGUUAGAAAAGCGAAGUGGCAAGCCUUUUGCUCCUCGGAAUGGCCUGCUUUUCAGGUUCGAUGGCCACACGAUUCUUGCUGUUAAGGCUAAGGCCCUCCAAGCGCAGGGGGGCCAUCCUGAUCAGAGACUCCGUCGACAACUGUUUGUGCCGUUAAGGAAGAGGAGAAAAAGAAAGUGCUCACUUCUCCAGAAGCAGACUUCCUCCUUUUUGACCUUCCGCCCCCUUAUCCGCCAGCCAUGGCCCCUGGCCAGUUCCCUGGCCGGUUCUCCCGCCAGACCUCCGGCCAUUUCCCCUGUCAGUCUCCCGGAGGCUGUCAGUUCUCCCUCUGGGCCUAGGGCGGGGCUAGCAUGCAACUUUCCUAGUCCCCUCACAGGUCCCUCAUCAGGAGCUGUUGGUCCCUCAGCGCUGCCGACACCGUCCGCACUGCAGACACCGCCAGAGGUCCCGCUGCACUCACCAGCUGACACUGCUCAGAAUGAACGGGGCCCAGCAGCUGGAACACGAAGCCGCAGAGCAACCCAGCUGGACUCGGUGGCUCUCCCAUUGCGAGCCUAUGGAUUUCCAGAGGGGAAUGGGCAAUACCCCCUUCAGUACUGGCCUUUGUCCACAGCUGAUCUCUACAAUUGGAAGGCUCACAAUCCCCCUUUUUCUGAGAACCCCCAAGCCUUGACUGACUUGUUUGAAUCUGUCCUUUUCUCUCACCAGCCCACUUGGGAUGAUUGCCAACAGCUUUUACAGACACUCCUGACUACCGAGGAGAGGGGACGAGUUCUUCUAGAAGCAAGGAAAAAUGUCCCGGGGGCGGAUGGGAGGACUACAGUUCUCCCCGACGAGAUUAAUAAUGGGUUUCCUCUCUCUCAUCCUGAUUGGGAUUACAAUACACCAGAGGGUAGGCAGCACUUGAAGGUUUACCGCCAGACUCUAAUGGCGGGUCUCCGUGGGGCUGCUCGAAGACCCACCAAUUUGACUAAGCCCUGCCAGCCAAGACAUUUUCGCUUUUGAAUGGAAAGAUCCCGACUCCGGGGUCUCGGGCCAACUAACAUGGACUCGACUUCCCCAAGGAUUUAAGAAUUCUCCUACCAUAUUUGAUGAAGCCCUGCACCGAGACCUGGCACACUUCCGGGCCACAAAUACUCAGGUAACUCUUCUCCAGUACGUGGAUGACAUCUUACUAGCUGCAGAUUGUCAAAAAACCUGUCUCAAAGCCACUGGCCAACUGUUACAAGAAUUGGGCGAACUCGGCUAUAGAGCAUCAGCAAAGAAGGCCCAGAUAUGCCGGAAACAGGUCAGUUACCUGGGGUAUAUACUAAAAAAAAAAAAAAAAAAAAAAAAAAAAAGAUGGUUAUCGGAGGCUAAAAAAGAGACUGUGUUUCAUAUUCCCCCUUCACAAACUACAAAACAAGUGAGGGAAUUUCUUGGUACAGCGGGGUUUUGCCGAUUAUGGAUUCCUGGGUUCACUGAAAUGGCAGCCCCUCUGUAUGCCCUUACAAAGGGCAAUGACUCUUUUUCCUGGGGAAAAGAUAAACAGGCUGCAUUUGAUAAUAUUAAACAGGCUUUAAUGUCAGCUCCAGCCUUGGGACUUCCUGAUGUCACUAAACCUUUUCAUCUCUAUGUGGCCGAGAACCAGGAAAUGGCUAAAGGGGUGUUAACUCAAAAGAUUGGACCCUGAAAGAGACCGGUAGCUUAUCUAUCUAAAAAGCUUGAUCCAGUAGCAGCAGGAUGGCCGACCUGCCUUCGGAUAAUAACAGCAGUCGCCGCAUUGGUAAAGGACGCUGACAAGCUGACCUUGGGACAAGAUCUUACUGUUUAUGCCCCUCAUGCCCUUGAGAGUGUUGUCAGACAGCCACCUGAUCGCUGGCUCACGAAUGCUCGAUUCCAAGGCAGCAAAGGGAAAUAACAUGGCUGAUCAGGAGGCUAAAGCAGCUGCUAGAGGAAGUCCUGCUCCAAUGAUAUUAACUACUAAAUUGCCAGAGAAGGAACAGCUAAAAUACUCAGAGGAUGACCUGGAGCAAAUACAGAGAAAACAAGGGACAUUCGAUGCUAAUGUGGGAGCAUGGAUUGACUCCAAAGGUAAGGUCAUUUUGCCACAGAAAGAUGCUAAGAGAUUAAUAGCACAAAUGCAUCAAUGGACUCAUUUAGGGGCAAGGAAAUUGACUAAAAUUGUUCUCCAAUCUCCUUACCGAAUACUAAACUUCACUGCUCUAACCGAAAAAGUGACUCAGACAUGUAUCCCUUGCCAAAAGGUAAAUGUAGAAAAAAAUUUCCAAAGCUCGAAAAAAACGGGUAAGGGAAACUAGACCUGAAAUGCAUUGGGAAGUGGACUUUACCGAGAUCAAGCCGACAAGGUAUGGAAAUAAAUAUCUUCUAGUCUUUGUAGAUACCUUCUCAAGAUGGGUGGAAGCUUUUCCCACCAAGAAAGAGACUGCUCUGGUUGUAGCCAAGAAGAUUUUAAAAGACAUUUUUCCCCGGUUUGGAGUUCCAAAGGUAAUCGGGUCAGACAAUGGGCCGGCCUUCGUUGCUCAGGUAAGUCAGGAGGUGGCCAGAUUUUUGGGGACUAAUUGGAAAUUACAUUGUGCAUAUAGACCCCAAAGUUCAGGACAGGUAAAAAAAAUAAAUAAAACUCUAAAAGAGACCCUUACUAAAUUGACCAUGGAGACUGGCGGUGACUGGGUGGUACUCCUCCCUCUGGCUCUUUUUAGGGUCAGGAAUACUCCUUCCUUGUUAAAUCUCACACCUUUUAAACUAUUGUAUAGAGUUCCUGCUUCCUUGACUCUCCUGGGAGACCCUCUUGACAUAACUAGUGGUAACUCUGACUUGUUGUCCAGGUUAAAGGGACUGCAGCUUAUUCAAAAAGAAAUCUAAAACAAGGUUGGCAGUGCAUAUGCACCAGGAUCCUUAGAGGUGCCACAUCAGUUCCAAGUUGGAGACUUGGUUUAUGUACGGCGACACCAUAGUCAAAAUUUAAAACCCCGGUGAAAAGGUCCUUACUGCAUCCUGCUCACCACCCCAACGACUGUGAAGGUAAAAGGCAUUGCUGCUUGGAUCCACGCAUUACACAUCAAACCCGCUCCAGAGGACUCCACUUCUGACUGAAAAAUCCAGCCCAGUGACAAUCCCUUAAAACUUAAACUUGUUAAGAAUGUUAGCUGUGGGUGAUAUCCACAAACUGCUGGUGCUUUUGGCUCUGUUAAGCACUUACAAUACUUGCUUGGGCUCCAGUCCUCACCAGCCCAAACUUUUGACUUGGGAAGUAACUAAUCAGAGACAUAUUAUAAUUUGGUCUGUUUCAAAGAUAGCCCCACCCUUCACAUGGUGGCCGGACUUGUACCCUGACCUUUGUAAAAUGGCUCUAGUAGCACCUGCUAACUGGGAUUUGCAAAGCCACCUAGACCCCAACGUGGUUCCUGGGGACCAUAGACGUGGGUCUUUUAGUGAGAAAAGGGGCUUAGAUCCCUGGGGGGGCUGCGGGACCACCAACCACCGCAGUAUGCUGUGAGUCCUAACCUUUUAUGUAUGUCCAGGACCCCACCAGCAACCUAAAAUGGUAAACAAAUGUGGGGGGAAAAUGACUUCUACUGCAAAAAUUGGGGGUGUGAAACCACUGGCGAUACUUACUGCAAGCCUACCUCCAGUUGGGAUUACAUUGUUGUUAAAGCUAAUUACAGUCAUGCCCAGCCCCCAGACUGGGGACCAAACAAUAGGUAGACUAAUCAGCCAAUAUGUACCACCUGGUGCCACCCCCUGCUAAUCCGGUUCACAGACGCUAAAAAACAGAUUUCAACUAACUGGGUGACUGGGGUUCACUUGGGGCCUACAAAUAUAUAAAAAAAGAUAUGAUGAUGGGUUACUUUUCACCAUCAAAUUAAAAAUAACAGCCCCAUCUGCUAAAGUAGGGCCAAAUAAAGCUGGCCCUCACCUGGUUCCCCCAGUAAAAGUGGACCCCCAGACUAUAGCCCCACGUCCAGCAACCCCCUCACUGACUCCUAACUCAAAAAUGGGUAAAGAUUCUUCUUCCCCUAAGCCUCCUGGACCAUACAUUACUUCCCUAGCACAGGGGGCCUUUCAGGCCCUAAAUAAUACCAACCCCAAGGUUACUGAGUCUUGUUGGUUAUGCUUUGAAAUUGCUCCCCCAUAUUAUGAAGAAAUUGCCUUUACAGAUGAGAUAAGUACCUCCCAAGAGGCAACAGCCUGCCGUUGGACACAAAGGGAGGCUAGACUUUCCCUGUCUGCCGUUUCAGGGCAAGGACUCUGUGUAGGUAAAGUUCCCCCCAGUCAUCAGUUUUUAUGCAACCAAACCUAUGAUGUUGCAGGUCUGUCUGGGUACCUCAUACCACCAAUCGAUGGAUGGUGGGCCUGUGCAACAGGGAUCACUACUUGUGUCAGUACUCAGGUGCUUGUCAAUUCAUCUGACUGGUCCAGGUGUCCUGGUCCAGGUAAUCCCCUGAGUCACCUAUCACCCGUAUAAAGAGCCCUUCCAAUACUGAGACUCUGUGGGGGAACCGCUGAUACUAACAAAAAGAGACCUAAAAAUUUCCUUAGCCAUAAUGCUUGGGGUCGGGCUAGGAGCAGUAGGGACAGCAGCUGGAGGGUCAGCUAUAGCCCUCCGACAUAGCCGGUUAAAUGAGCUUAAGGCAGCUGUUGAUGAGGACAUAAAAAGACUAAAAAACACAAUUAAAGAGCUCAAAGAUUCCUUACAGUCAUUAUCAGAGAUGGUGUUACAAAACAAAAGGGGCUUAGAUUUAUUGUUUUUGCAACAAGGAGGUUUAUGCGCUGCCCUAAAAGAAGAAUUCUGUUUCUAUGUCGACCAUACUGGAGUUGUUACUGAGACCCUAGAUAGGUCAAAGAGGGCUUAGAAAAGAGAAAGCGAGAAUGAGCCCAAAGCCUAGGAUGGUUUAAAGGAUGGUUUAAUUCCUCUCCAUAAAUGACCACUUUAAUCUCCACCUUGCUAGGCCCUUUGCUAAUUCUUCUCCUGAUUGUAACUCUUGGCCCCUGCAUUCUUAAUAAGCUAAUCAAUUUUGUAAAAAAACGGAUCAGUAUCGUUCAGGUCCUUAUGCUUCGACAGCAGUAUCAGCAAUUAGAGAUGCAGGCUAAAUCUAGCCUGUAAUUUUAGGGUUAAAAUUAUGCCAAAGAAAAAGGGGGGAAUGAGAAAUGGGACCAUCCCAAAUUAGAAAGAAAAACAACUGGACCUUGAAUAAGGGCCAGCUAAGAAGAAAGAGCAAGUCAGGCAAUUUAGGGGAGGACUGUCCUUGAAGCUGUAAGCGGCCUGCUACAGAACCGAGAGAUGGGAGAAGAGGGGAGGACUGUCCUUGGAGCUGUGAGCUCCCUGCUACAGCUGCCAGCCGCAUAACUGCUAUCUUUUCUGCUGACUAAUCAAUGUAAAGGCCUGAUUUUUUUAGGAAUAAAAACUCUGUGCUUUGUAUGCUCGGGGUCGUCUCCUGCUUUAAAGGGACGACCCUCAUCGCGAUCGAAAUAAACUGCAUUGA